UAGUGUCCAGCGCAACAGCGUUUCCCAUUAAUGAAUAUUUGUAUAAAAUAAUUUGAUAGUUACUUUGAUUUCAAUUUUUUUCUGACUGAAGUUAAACAUGGACAGAGAGCGCAAAACGAUGACAGAAUUCUGGAAGAUGCACUCCAGACAGGCCACGGUGGAGGAGAUGAUGCUGGACUCUCAUGCCCAGGAGCUGACCCAGCAGGAGCUGCCAGAGAUCCUUUCCCUGCUGCCUUCUCUAGCCAGUCAACGCAUUCUGGAGCUGGGCGCUGGCAUCGGGAGAUUCACCAGCCAUCUCCUGACUAUGGCUGACCAUGUGACCGCCGUGGACUUUAUGGAGAGCUUUGUGAAGAAGAACAAGCAAAACAACCGCCACCAUAGCAAUGGCGUUUUCAUCCAAGCUGAUGUGACCAAGUUGGAUUUUCCUAAAAAUAGUUUUGACCUGAUCUUCUCGAACUGGUUGCUAAUGUACUUGAAUGACGAGGAGCUCAGCGCUCUGACAGAGAGGAUGCUGGGAUGGUUGGCACCCGGUGGCCACCUGUUUUUUAGGGAGUCCUGUUUCCACCAAUCAGGAGAUUGUAAGAGGGACUUUAACCCCACCCACUACCGUACCCCCACACUCUACAGCCACUUGAUGACAUCAGCACAGUGGGAGGGGUCAGAUGGCACAGAGAAACAGGUGUAUGGUUUUGACAUUGUGGUCAACAAAAAAGUCCAGACCUACAUUAAGAUGAAGAACAACCAGAAUCAGGUGUGCUGGCUGCUGGAGAAGGUUGGCCGCCAGGCAGCCGUCCACGGGAACUUCACCACUUUCCAGCAGUUCCUGGACAACCAGCAGUACACUCGCCGUGGCAUCCUGCGCUAUGAGAAGAUGUUCGGAGCCGGUUACGUCAGCACGGGUGGACCCAGCACCACCAAGGAGUUUGUGGAUCUCCUGAACUUGAAGCCUGGACAGAAGGUUCUGGACAUAGGUUGCGGUAUUGGAGGUGGGAACUUCUACAUGGCAAAGAACUUUGAAGUGGAAGUCUUGGGCAUAGACCUGUCUACCAAUAUGGUGGAUAUCGCUGUGGAGAGAGCAGCUGCAGAAAAAAUAUCAUCUGUUGAUUUUGAAGUAGCAGACGCCACAAAGAGGUCGUUUCCAGAGGGUUCUUUUGACGUGGUCUAUAGUCGAGACACCAUUCUGCACAUUGAUGACAAACUGGCCCUCUUCAAGCGCUUUCACUCAUGGCUGAAGCCAGGUGGUCAACUGUUGAUCAGUGACUACUGCUGUGGAGAGAAGCCCUGGACUCCUCAGUUUGAGCAGUAUGUCAAGCAGAGAGGCUACAUCCUCUACACACCACCUCAGUAUGAAAAGUUCAUCGAGCAAGCAGGUUUUUCCAGUUUGCGGGCUGAGGACCGAACAGCUCAGUUCAUUCAUGUGAUUAAAAUGGAACUGGAGAGAGCAGCGACCCUUAAGGAUAAAUUUAUAGAGGAGUUCUCUGAGGAGGACUUCCUCGCGAUUGUGAACGGGUGGAGGGAAAAACUGCAGCGCUGCAAUUCUGGGGACCAACGCUGGGGGCUGUUCCACGCCACCAAAAAAUGAAAAAAAGAGGAAAGAGAAGGAAAACGUUAUACUGUAUCCCUUAACUAGUGGACCAGUCCUCUGUCUGUCUCUUAGUUGAGCUUCUGUCAGAUAAUCUGCAACAGAUGAAAUAUACAGUAAGACCUGUGUGGGUUGUUUUAUGUAAGUUUAGUAGUGACAUUAACUUUUAUUUUGAAGUGAGCUAAGUCAUGGCCAGUUGUUUCCUAAUAAUAAAAAGUUCUAGCAUUCUAACCUAGUUUGAGAAAUUAUACCAAUAAUUCAUUCCGAAUAGAAAUCAGAUCAUUUUUAUUCCUAUUGAUUGCAUUCGAUGUUGUGCAGUCGGCAAGGCUUGUUUGUCUUGUUAUUGAAGGCACAUGUCCUGCUCGAAUAUGUGUUGUGGUUUGGUAACGCUUUUCAAAAUAAAUUUAGAAGACUCUUG